UUGCGGGGCCUAGACGAUAUUUCUCGUCAUCACAUAUACCCAGACGACUCCGAAUACGAUUCUGACGAACGACUUUACGCCACGAACCGCUUACUUGGGGCUUGAAGGGCAUGGAUUCUCUAUUUCGAUACUUUGCUUUUCGACACGACAAUAACUGGCUCACUAAGGAUUUGCUGAAGGAAACAAAAUCUUUCCUUUUUUACUCAGCACCCUCUGCGGUCUUUGGCUCAGGUGGCUUGCCAUCAUCCUCGGGCAAGAAAUGUCUCCUCGGCUCAACGACUGGAGAAGGCGCGCACUUUCGCACGCAUUCAUCGGAGUUUGCGAAGUGGUUACUAAAAAAAGGGCUCAUGGAAGUUGGAAGAAAAAGGGGGCUCAUGACCAUGCUGUUUUUUUAUUCUCGCUCACUUUUCCUUUGUCUUCACUCUCCUCUGCUGUAUCCCCGAGACACUUUAUUGCCCAAAGGGUUCUUGGGGAUCCAGCGAAGUAACAGUCCUACCUACCAUACCGAUCCGCCAGGAUUCGACUCAGCUCUUAGUCACAACAAGGAGCUACAAAGGAAUCCAAACACAAAAAUUCUCAACCAAAGUUCUACUUACUCUUUCCUCCUCUUUCUCCCCUCCUUGUUUUGCUACGUUUCUUUCAUGAUUGUUCACGCUCGUAAACCCUUUUUUGAGAUGUCUUCUGCAAGUCCGCUUCCUUCCUUUCUCCUUUUGGUCGUUUUCUCCAUCUCAACUCUUCUACCACGGCCCCCCCUUCGAUACCAAAAAAUGAUGGCGAGCUGGCUCAUGUUCUUUUCUUCUUUUUUUUGCUACCAAGGGUCAAGGGUGUGUGGUGGUUUAAAAUGGAACGUAUGAUGAUGGGUCUGAUGAUACGACUGAAAUGGGUUUGAAUGUUGUUGGGGAGUGGGUGAUGGAAGAUAUUGAUAUUGGAACUCCCCCUUGGUGAGGUGUGCGAGGGGGGCAAAAUAGAUGAUGGGCGAGGGAAUUGAAAUACAAAAGCAUACAGUAUGCGAUUGCUUCUCGGACUCUCGAGUCGUGACUGUAGGUGCCAGAGUGGUAUGCGUGGUUUUCAUGAUGUUUGCUGUUGUCAUGACGUGUGGGUUGAUGCCUCAUUACAAGGUACUGUGAGGGGGCAGCAGAGGGUGUAUGUAUCCUAAGAAAUUCACGAAAAACGAGAGCAUGGC